AGUAGUGUGGUGGACAACAAAACGUCCUCACCCCGAACCCUGUGACGGUGACUAAAAAAUCCUGCCCUCUACAGGAAGCCUGCCUUGCAAAGAGACAGAGACGGUGUGAGGGAGAGAAAAAGGGAUUGCAGUCUGAGAGAUGAAUCCUUUCUUUCAUUUUCACGAAGCCAUUUUCGUCGUGUAGUUGGUCCAAGGUCUUCCCGGAUAUGCCAGCAUUCUCGUGAUGCUGCUAAAUCAGAGUCUCCGCACUCUCUUGCCUCGUUCCGUGAGGCAUGCUAUCACUUUCUUCGGCUGUCACUUUUCCUCGGUCGCCGGAGAAGCAUCCUCGCCAGUGCCCAUCUCUUCCGAGACAUCGUCCAUCGCGUGGCUCCGGACUGGAAAGACGCAAAAGACUCUUGCUAGGGAGAUUGUUAUGUCUGGAAAGGGUCUACAUUCAGGAGUCGACGUGGUGGUAAGAUUAUUUCCAGCUAAGGCGGGUGAAGGAAAGUACUUCGUUCUUGGCGACAAUUUGUCUAUCGUUAUUCCGGCCUGCAUCAAUUUUGCUGUGGAGUCUGCACUUUGCACCACUUUAUCCCGCCAAGGGAUGAAAGUCAGAACAACUGAACAUUUACUUUCAGCACUAGAAGCCAUGGGAGUCGACAAUUGUCGGAUAGAGAUGGUGGGUGGUGACGAGGUUCCGUUAUUGGAUGGUUCAGCAAGAAGAUGGGUAGAUGCAGUUGAAGAAGCUACUCUAUGCGAUGCUGUUGAUGACUACGGCAGAUGUAUAGAGAAAUUGGCACCCUUUGUUGUUGAGCCGGUUCACAUAUUGUAUGGUGAUUCCUUCAUAGCUGCAUAUCCUUCAGAAAAGAUUCACAUUACAUAUGGGAUAAAUUUUCCACAGGUGUCUGCUAUUGGCUGUCAGUGGUUUUCUUGCUUCCCUAUGGACAAAUUUGUUUAUGUGAAAGACAUCUCCAGUGCACGAACAUUUUGCAUUUAUGAGGAGGUGGACAGAAAUUUGCUAUGGAGUGUUGCGCGUUCUGUUAGCAGGUGGACAGUAAUCUGCUGCUGCGGAGGACUUGCAAACUGGGAAGACGAUGAUUGGUGGAGGCUAUGAGAAAAGAGGCAUCUACAUCCUGUCUGAUUCUGUGGGUGUUGCAGCUUCCUCGACUUUUUCAUUGUCCUCCUCCUUCUAGUGGCAUCUCAAACUUGGUCAUCCAUCUGUCUCCAAGAUCCGUCACCUACUUCCUCAUCUAUCAGUACCAGAAUUGUUCCAGUGUGAAGCCUGUCAACUUGACAAGGACACCCGUAGCAGUUAUUCAUCAAGUCUUAGUCCGUCCAGUUGUGGACUAUUUGAUCUUCUUCAUGUUGAUGUGUGGGGUCCUAGCAGAGUUGCUAGUAGAUCUAGAUUUCGUUAUUUUCUUGUCAUUGUUGAUGGUUACUCUCGAGUCAUUUGGGUUUUCCUUUUGAAAGAAAGGUCUGAAGUCAUAUGUACUCUCAAUAACCUUAUUAUUGAAAUAAAGACCCAGUUUGCUAUUCUUGUUAAAAGCAUUCGCACUGAUAAUGCUUUUGAGUUCAAGUCAUUUACCUUAAUGAAAUUUAACUCUGAUAAUGACAUUUCCCUUCAGUUUACUUGUCCUCAUACCUUCCAGCAAAAUGAAGUAGCUGAGUGAAAUCGCAAACUUUUAAAUGUGGCGUGUUCCUUAAUGCUUCAUACUCAUUUACCUACGGGCAAAUGCCAUCCUUACUGCCUGUUACUUGACCAACUGUUUAUCCUCCAUAGACAACCAGGUUCUCAUUAAACUUAUGCACCCACAACGACCCUUGUUUCCAAUAGCUCUCAAAGUAUUUAGUUACACAUGCUUUGUUCACAUCUUUGGACCCACACGUGAUAAAUUGGUUGCUCAAACAAUUAAGUGUAUCUUUAUUGGCUACUCCAGAAAUCAUAAAAAUUACAAAUGCUUUGACCCCUUGAUUCAAAAAGAGUAUAUCAGUGCGGAUAUCAUUCUUUGAGUCUCAGCCUUAUUAUAGGCUCACUCCUACCUCUACUGAGAUGCCACAAUCAUCUGACCCACUACCUAUUCCUCCCAUUCCAUUAGAGUCAUUCCCAUGUGAGUCUCCUUCUAGUGAUUUUCCUUAUGUGGUUUCCAUGUUUCAUAAUCCUCCGUUGGUCUACACACGUUGAUAGGACCCCUCUCAUAAUCCUUCCCCAACCUCUUCUCAAAAGGUGAGUAUACCUAGUCCAUCUGAGCCCACUAUAGGUAUCUCUGAUCUUGUCAGGUCUUACUUAUUGCUCUUCGCAAAGGCAAGCGACAAUGUACUCUGCAUCCUAUAUCUCAUUUUGUCUCUACUGACGGUGUUAGUAAAAGUAUGCAACAGUUUAUUCAAGCUCUGACUGUCCAUACAGUUCCUACUUGUCGCCAACAAGCUUUAUUAGAUACCCAGUGGAGACAAGCUAUGUAAGAUGAGAUGGAUGCCUUAGUUCAGCGAGGCACCUUGGAACUUAUUGAUCUUCCUCCUGAUUGUGACAUUGUUGGCUCCAAGUGGGUAUUUACAGUGAAAUAUAAUUCUGAUGGUUCUGUGGAAAAAUACAAAGCUUGGUUGGUUGCUAAGGGCUACACGCAGACUUACGACGUUGAUUUCUUUGAGACUUUUUUUCUUGUUGCCCGAUUGAGAACCAUUCGUCUUAUCAUCUCCGUGGUUGUACACCAUGACUAACACAUGUAUCAACUUGAUAUCAAAAAUGCCUUUUUGUAUGGUAAUCUCGAUGAGACUGUCUAUAUGCAAAAACCACCAGGUUUGAACGACAGGAGGAGUGUGGAAAAGUGUGCAAACUGAAGAAGGCUAUUUAUAGACUCAAGCAGAGUCCUCGUGCGUGGUUUUACAAGUUCUCUGAAGUAGUCUCAAAGUGUGGCUUUGCGAGAUCCCCUCUUGAUCCUCUGUUUAUCAAGAAAAAUUCCAGGGGUAUGACCAUUCUAGUAGUUUAUGUUGAUGAUAUUAUCAUGACAGGUGACUCCGAUCAAGAAAUUUUUGAUACAAAGUUGUUUCUUCAAAAACACUUUGUGACGAAAGAUCUUGGUCAACUAUGAUAUUUUCUUGGGAAUAGAGGUUGCUCGCAACAGGGAGGGUGUAGUUCUAUCUCAACGGAAGUAUGUUCUUGAUUUAUUGCAGCACACCGGGAUGCUAGGAGCUAAACUGGCCAAUCUACCUAUGAUUCCACGCAUACAUCUUCAUGAUGACCAAUCAGAAUUAGUAGAUUCUCGAUCAUACAGAUCUCUUAUCGGGAAACUUCUCUAUGUUACUAUGAUCAGACCAAGCAUUAGCUUUGCAGUGGGGAAGCUAAGUCAAUUCAUGGAAAGACUUAGGAAAGUUCAUUGGGAUGCAACUGUAAUGGUGGUCAAAUAUUUGAAAUCGUCUCCAGGUAAAAGACUUUUGUUUACAAAAGGUAAGACUUUGGAAGUGGAAGCCUAUAGUGAUGCUGACUAUGUUGUGGCUAAGUCGAAGACAAGAAGUCUACCACAGGAUUCUGUGUAUUUGUGGGAGACAACCUUAUAUCCUGGAGAAGCAAAAAGCAAGGUGUAGUGUCAAGAUCUAGUGCAGAAUCUGAAUACAGAGCUAUGACUCAAACUGCCCCUGAAAUGACUUGGGAUAAAUCCAUGCUAUCUAGCCUAAGUGUGUCAAUUCCUCUUCCCAUGAAGAUGUAUUGUGACAAUCCAACAGUCACAUACAUUGCAGACAAUCCAAUUUUCCAUUUGAGAACUCCAUUACAUUUGGGAUCUUGUUCAAGGAGGAACCAUAGCCACUAUUCGUGUAUCAUCUGAAGAUCAAACUGCAGAUGUCUUCACCAAACCUCUUCUUAUUGGUGAUUUCUCUAGAUGUUGUGACAAGCUGAUGAUUAAUAUGUAUGCUCCAGCUUGAGGGGGAGUGCUGAAUUAGAAGACUUUAAGUUUCUAGGUGGUUCUUUGCAAUGUUUAAUAUUUAGGAGUUCUCUUUAAACAUUUCUAUAUUUUUUGUUGUUAAUAUUUGCAAGCCUCUACCUCUGCCCUAAUCUCUUUAUUAUUGAGAUUUGGGUUAGUAAAUAACAAGUUAUUCUCUCUCUAAGAUUGUCGGCUGUAACAAAAACAAUACAAUGUGCCCUUGAAACUAGUUUCGGGUGUACAACUAUACCAUAUAGGUUGUAACUUUUGAUAGACCAUCUUGUCUCUUACCUUAUGGUAUGAUACAGGAUGUAACUUAUGUUGCAUCUUGGAAACAUAAAAGAAUGUCAAAAAGGUCUUUCCUUUACUGUGUGAAAGGCUUUCUUAUACAUUUAAAGCAAAAAAAAAUAAAAUUUAGGGCUGAUUCCAUUUAACAAAUUGGGAGCUUACAUGGUUUUCCUUGUAAGGGGCCUUUUUGUCUUCAAAAAUUAAAAAGGCAAAUUUUAUGACUAUAAGAAGUUGUCAAGGACUAAGUCAUGCAUAAUGUAGAGCUAUUGAUUUUCUAUCCAUUUAACUAUUGGGAGUAAUUUAAGUUGUCAAAUUUGAUUUUGUUUAACGAAAGUGUGCAUGUUGUAUAGCAUAUACUUGCCAUUUUUUAUGUUUUUGCAAUUUAUUUUUUCUCAUAGAGAUAAAAGUUUUUCUCAUUGUCCCCAGUCUUUUCUCAUUAUUGGUAUUGUUGCUAAUUUGGUAAAUUUCUAGUUAAGGAUGUUCAUUGACUCGAGGCAGCUCGGGCUCAACUUGAACCCGCUCAGUUAAACUCAAGUUGAGCUCAGCCCGUUUAGUAAAAGAUUUGAGUUUGAGUUGAAAAAUGAGCUCGAUUAACUUAACAAGUUGAGCGCGAGCUAGGCAGGCUCAGCUUGACUAAGCUUGAUUAAGCUUGCAGAAAGAAAAUAUAUAAAACACGCUGCACCAUAUUGUCACAAGUGGAAAGUUACCCCAAUGGGUUUCCUUGUGGCUGACAACCUUGACGUUCAAGGUUCCAACAUGGGCAUCUUCAGUCAUAUUAAAACCAAUUUUUUAAUGAAUGGUUUGGCUCAGCUCCAACCGAGGUUAAUGAACGGCUUGGCUAAGCUCAAGCCAAACCUCGGCUCAAGCCUAACCGAGACGAAUUUGAGCUUUUAAGCUCAAGCUGAGCAGAACUGGAGCUAGCCAACUUGAUCUCGACAAGCUCGAUUUCUGGCUUAUAGUGCUUGAACCGAGUUUGAGCCAGCCCAGGUUAGGUGGACCUUGGCUUGUCCUGCUUCUUGCUUGUUGAAUUCUUAUAUCUGCAGCAGGGCUGGAGCCAAGGGGUAAGUGGGGUUGGCAGGAGCCAUGGCCUCCACCCCGCCACACACCAACCCCCAUAAACCCCCAACCCACCCCCCAACCCCUUCAAAUGUGUUGUUUUCGUCCCUGUAAAGAUUUUCAAAAUAUAUAUAAUGGCAGUCGGUUCCUAGACUGUUUGGCCCCUUUAAGGGAAAAACCCUAGCUCUGCCUCUAAUCAGUCGUCUUUUUUGGUCCAAGCUGGUCUAUUCUCUGGGAUUCAAAUCUAAAGCUGUUUGAUUAAGAUAGACCAUGCUCUUUCAAUCAGCAUAUUUUUGAGGCAGAACGUGUGUAUUCAGUAUUUUUCUUUUUGUUGGUUGCAAUGUUAAUCCUUUGAACUAGAAGAUAUUAGAGUCGUGUUAUAGUGCAAGCUUUGUUGGCAAAGAAUCACACAUAGAUGAUAUGUGAUUCAACUGUUUCACUUUGGUUUUAUUUGUC